AAGAGGUGGCCAAGAUCUUCUAGGUAUUACAUGUAAGCGGUGGACAGAAACUGGCCUUCGAAGGUAAUCGGCAGAAAAAUGUGUUUAUGUAGUAAUCUGGCUCGCAAUUAUUGGACAUGGGUGUGUAGCUAGCACGCAUUCAAUAGUUUACUUUUUCUUCGCCCCCUUAGCCUGCCGCCAAAGGCAGACAAGUUCCUUAGCUUUUGGCUAAUUUAGCAAGCUAACUAGCUACUCUAUUUAAUUAUCUUUGCGAUUUGCCAGAACAUGGCAUAUAUUAUCUGUGGUGUUAUUUGGCAUUUAGUGAAUAAGCCAGCUAGCUAACGUAUUGCUGAUGUUUUUAGAAAGACUGCCUUGCUUGUAAAGACAAGUAUCAGUUAGCUGCUAACGGUAUCUUGGCAAUGUUAACUGUUGGCUUGCUGCAAUAGAUCUCUUUCGGUUUUCAUCUUGUGUCGGAAACUCCAAAACAUUCUAAUCAAAUUCAGAUUAAGGCUGGUUUGGGACUCAUUUUCGCUGCGACUACUAGGUGGUCUGACACUUUGCUGUCAGACUCCAACGCAAUCCCACGCUGGUAUCUUUUCGUCAGGUAUGAUGCAUGGCUCCGUCUGUUAAAACGUAAGCUUGCUAUGUAUUUCUCGUGUAAUGGUUGGUAUUAUGAUAGACACAAGGUUGUAUGCUUAAUCGAAAUAAAUAUGGAUUCGAUUAAUUGGUUAUUAAUUUGGUUAUUUAUGCUGCAAAAGGUUCUGGAGGUGGAACAAUUCGGUGCAUGGCAUGGGCAGUGGCUCUGAGUUAACGUUACAGAGCUAAUCGUGUAGAGUUGUCGGCCUAGGUUCCAUUCAUUGUUUUGCAUAAUCCUACGGGGAGCAUCGACACACUAAUCACGACUUCUUCCACAAAAAGAGGAACCGUGUUCGGGUUCGUGUUUAGUUCCCGUUUUCAUUGAGUUAAAGGCUAAAUAGUGUGACAUUUCUCAAAUCACCUUUUAGAAUCGUAAUCAUAUUUACAAAAAAAAAUAACCGUCCGCUGUGAAGGUUCCCGGAUUUAAAUUCAGACAGAGAUUUUGGAGUUCGUGUGGGGCUGCCCCUAGUUUUAAAAGGUGCCUUUAUUUUGCAGAUUUGUUUACCGCUGAAAAACGUCCCGCGGGUCGUCAUAUAGGACGAAAAACUAUAUGACAGCCUCUGGAGAAUUGUGGAAGCUCUUUCUGCAGCAGCAAGCACGUAACGUAACGGCUUCGGUGCCGAGUGCAUGGGGGGCCCCUGCUCCCUGGCAGGCUCCUGCUGAUCCUUCAGCUGCACAGCUUCCACCCAGAGUCCCAGGGUCCGGUCAGGAGGCACUCCGAGAGAGAACAUGUCGUGCUACGAGGUGGAGAAGGACAGCUGGGACGGCGCCUGCUGCGGGGCGGAGCUCUCGGCCUGCGCCGCGGCCAUGGAGAAGGAGUCGGGCAGCUUCGCCGACGGCAACCCCGCCCUCACUCCCUCCUCCAGCCUGCAGGGCGCCGCCCAGCCGGACCUGCAGGGCUACGACGUGGAGUUCGACCCGCCCCUGGAGAGCAAGUACGAGUGCCCCAUCUGCCUGAUGGCGCUGAGGGCGGCCGUCCAGACGCCCUGCGGACACCGCUUCUGCCGCGGCUGCAUAGAGAAGUCCAUCCGGGACGCGGGGCAGAAGUGCCCCGUCGAUAACGAGGUGCUGACCGAGGACCAGCUUUUUCCGGACAACUUCGCCAAGCGGGAGAUCCUGUCCCUCACGGUGCGCUGUCCCAAUGCCGGCUGCGGCCACAAGAUGGAGCUACGCAACCUGGAGGCCCACGUGGAGCAGUGCCAGUUUGCCACGCUGCCCUGCCCGAUGUGCCAGGUGUCCGUGUGGAAGAACAUGCUGGAGGAGCACCAGGCCCGGGAGUGCCAGCGCCGCACCGUCUCCUGCCCUGACUGCAUCCUGACGUUCCUCUUCGAGGAGAGCGAGCACCACAAGCAGAUGUGUCCCCUGGCCAACGUGGUGUGUGAGUACUGCAGCAUGGAGCUGAUCCGGGAUCAGUUGGCGUCUCACUGCGACACGGACUGUGUGAAGGCGCCCGUCGCCUGCACCUUCAGCUUCUUUGGCUGUCAGGAGAGGAUGCAGCGUAACGACCUGGCGGCCCACAUGCAGGAGUUCACGCAGAUGCACAUGCGCAACAUGGCCGAGUUCCUGCGCAGCUGCAGCCUGCUGGAGGCGGGGUCGGCGUCGGGGGGCGCGGGGCCCUGUGAGGCGGCGGGGCCGGGGUCGGGGCCGGGGUCGGGGUCGGGGCCGGGGCCAGGGGCCACGUGCGCGUGCGGACCGGACCUCCAGCACAUGCGGGAGACGGUGCAGCACCUGGAGGCCCGGUUGGUGCGGCAGGACCACCAGCUGCGGGAGCUGAGCAUCCACAGCGAGACGCAGGCCACGCAGCUGGGCGACCUGCGCAGGCAGGUGCGCACCCUGGAGGACACCGUGCGCGAGCUGGAGGCGCAGCAGUGCCAGGGCGUGUACGUGUGGAGGGUGGAGGGCUUCUCCACCCACCUGCGGAGCCAGGAGUCCGGGCAGCCCGUCGUCAUCCACAGCCCCGGCUUCUACACCGGCCGCCCCGGCUACAAGCUCUGCCUGCGGCUGCACCUGCAGACCCCCAGCGCCCCACGCUGCUCCAACUACAUCUCCCUGUUCGUGCACACCAUGCAGGGCGAGUUCGACAGCCAGCUCUCCUGGCCCUUCCAGGGCACCAUCCGGCUGAGCAUCCUGGACCAGGCGGAAGGGCAGCACCACGUGGAGGUGAUGGAGACCAAGCCCGACCUGCUGGCCUUCCAGAGGCCCACGUCCCAGCGCAACCCCAAGGGCUUCGGCUACGUCACCUUCAUGCACCUGCACUCGCUGCAGCAGGGCGAGUUCGUGCGGGACGACACCCUGAUGGUGCGCUGCGAGGUCACGUCCCGGUUCGACUGCCCGAGGCGGGAGGGCUUCCACCCGCGGGGCUCCGAGGCCUCGCUGUGACCAGAGACCCCCCCCCCUCACCGCCCACACGCCCCCCCCUCACCGCCCACACGCCCCCCCCCUCACCGCCCACACGCCCCCUCAUCCCAGACUCACUCGCCACGAAAAGCAAAAACAGUCUCCGUUUGCAGGGCACAAUCACUGCUGGGAUUGCCUCCAAUAAUGCUUCUGCCACACCCCCAAUCAUUCAGGAGGCUGGAGCAAGGGAUGCUGGGAUAACCAUCGAGUAUCAAGGAAGUUAAAUAUUUCAAGGACCAGAUAAGACAGCCGUUGGAUUCAUUCUACCACGUUUUUUCCUGAAGCCAGUAUUCGCUGGCGUUGUCACUCUUUAAAAUCAUGAGGCUAAUCCAAGUUAAGGCACUACAUGCCUUUCAUUCCAAUUAUCAGGCAAUUGGCUGGCAGGAUGGUCGGCGUUUGAAGUAAUCUUUAUCAUCGGCAUCAUGCCAGGCAAUCCUGACUGCUCUCUCAAGCCACUAUGAAGGGCCCAGUGCCCAGUGCCCAUCGAGUUUAAAUCAUACUUUCAAGUACAGAGUACACUUUUUUUUUUUUUUUUUUUUGUGUGUGUUUCUUCUUUCCACUUCCGCCUAACCGCUAUUAAAUUCAUUCUUCCUGCACUUUUAAUUGAAUUAAUCUGCUGAAAUAAUAAAACAUAUCUAUUGAAUGUUACAAAUUUUGGUUUAGAAGUGGUAGCAGAAUGUGUUGUUAUUUUGUUGUCGUUGUCAAUGCCGGUACAGGUUGGUGUUAUUUUUUUGUUUUUUGUUUUUUUUAAACAUACGGACCAGCAUGGAAAUGUGUUCUCAACCGUAUUCAUGUGACUUUAAUUGUAGCUGUGGGGGAGGUAUGAUUGCCGCAGCCUUAAGAUGGGAACACUAAGAGAAGAAGGAAAUGGCUGCUAGCGCUAGUUAACUAAAGGCCCCAUCCACCAACUUCAGGAGUUAGAUGUGCUAAAAUCCAAUUAGCAAGGGCUAGCGUCCUGCGCUAAGGGUUUGCUUGC